AUGCAUCGUCUCCUCACCUUUUCCUUCCUCCUGACAGUUACAGUGUCACAGGGGAAUGACAAGGUCCUGGGUGGGGAGGAGUGUCGCCCCCACUCCCAGCCGUGGCAGGUGGCUCUCUUCGAAGGGAGACGCUUCAACUGUGGGGCUUCCCUCAUCUCCAGCCAGUGGCUGCUUACAGCUGCCCACUGCUACACCAGCAAGAUGCGGGUCCGGCUCGGGGAGCACAACCUGCGCGUGUGGGACGGGGUGGAGCAGCUGCGGGGAGUGGUCUACGCUUUCCCCCACCCUCGCUACCAAGGUCACGGCCACCACGAUGACAUCAUGCUCCUCCGCCUGGCCCGACCCGCCCACCUCUCGGACAGCGUCCAGCCCGUGGCCCUGCCCGUCCGCUGCCCCCGGCCCGGGGAACAGUGCGUGGUCUCAGGGUGGGGCUUGGUGGCCGAAUCCAAUAACGCGAGCCUGAGGGACCUGGGUGACAAAGCUCCGGUGCCCAAAGUGAAACUUCCAGACACCUUGCAUUGUGCUAACAUCAGCAUCAUACCAGCUGCUUCCUGCAACAGGGAUUAUCCUGGGCAGGUGACAGACACCAUGGUGUGCGCUGGUGUUGAGGGAGGGGGCACCGACUCCUGCGAGGGUGACUCAGGAGGCCCCCUGGUCUGUGGGGGAACUCUUCAAGGUAUUGUCUCAUGGGGUGAUGUUCCCUGUGACACCACUACCAAGCCAGGAGUCUACACCAAAGUAUGCAAAUACUUGACUUGGAUUCGUGACACAAUGAAGAAGAACUAA